AUGGCUUCUGAACCAACAGAAGAAGCCAUUGCGAACUUUGUGAGCUUCACAAGCACAAGUCGCGAACAGGCAAUCAACUUCCUUAAAGCUAAUGACCUCAACUCAAAUAAAGCCAUCAAUGCCUACUUCGAAGAUCCCACAGGUCCGCAGACACAGGCUUCCAAUUACCUAAAUGACCCAAACAUACCCUCGUUUCAUAUCGAACACUCCGACCCAGUUCCUAGCUCAGUUCCUCCCUCACGCCCACCGACCACAUUAGGCGAGAAAGCACAAGGACCUGAGUAUCAACAGGCGACCCCUCCGCCUUCGCAGAACGCUACGGAUCCCCGCAAAGGAUUAUCACUUGCUGAGCAGGAAGAGCGUGAGCUACAACAAGCUGUGGCCAUGUCCUUGAACCAAAACCUUGGACAACAGGAGACAGGCGUUACAACUUCAAACAAAUCGAACUUUGGCCGGGCCACCCGUGACUUUUAUGAUGAAGGUGCCUGGGCAAUGACUUUAUUUAACUCUAGCGCUCGCGAAAUUAUCAUCAGUCCAAACCCGGGAGACCGGAAGAGGGUGGAAGGCGAACCAGCAUUUCUGCGUCCAUCAGAAGACAGUCUAUAUCUAGGCGGGCUGUUGACCAUCCUUCACUCUAUACCCCUGGCUCGGGAAGCUCUCCUGCAAAGAAAUAGGAUCCUCUCGAACUAUGGGCACGACCCGCAGUGGUGGAACGGACAACCAAUAAACCUUCCAAAAAUAGUAACAAUUCAAGAUGCACACGACGGCGACACGGAUUGGGAUGAUAUAAUCUACGAAACACAGAGACUUGUCGCCUUUCUGGAUACUACGGAACGCUCCUUUGGUAGCGUGGAUGCUCUUACAGGCUUAAAGAGCAUGUCUACAUACGACUCGGAAGGCAGCAUAGGCAGGUUUUUGGAAACAUGGCAAGAUGCCGCUGUCCGAGCAGAUCCUGGGAAUCAAUUGUCAACUGUUUUCUCGUCGAAGGCAUAUAAACGACCUCUUACUGUUUACGACACACCUAUACACAAAGAUUUCUUCAUCCUUGAGUCAUUCGUGGACCCUGAGCAUGGCCAAACUCUCUAUGACGUUUUGGAUCGCGCCAUUUGGUCAGACAGGCCUGGUGAAGAGCUUGACGAUGUAUGGUUGGAGCAUAUAGGUGAAAUAUUCACUAUCAGAUUGGAAAAUACCGACAGUACAAAGCCUGUUGAUGUAAAAAUUCCUGCGGUCUUCUACCCUGAUCGAUAUCUCGCCAACUCCAGAGAUUUUUCUCGCGACUUUCGUGCCCAAAGGCUUCAGGAAUAUGACGGAAUAUCCAAAUUAGAAAGCCUGAUUGACCGCUUUUCGGCAUCAAAGUCUGCUAUGCACAGCAGAGGGAUGACUCUGAAGGAAACGCUAGAGAAGGCUGCUUCUGCAGUCUCCGUAACACUGCCCAAGAGCCUUGCAAAUGGCGCGAAUGGGUUGUCUUUGAGCCCGGAGGCGGCAAACGCGGAGGCGAAACGUUUAGCAGAUGAACUGCGAGAAGUCUCCAGUAAGAUUGAUGAUAAGCUGAAAGAGCUGGUUCAAAGAAAAGAGAGCGCUAUUGAGACACUUCGAAGCUACACAAAGAUAUUAACGGAACCGUCGAACAUCCCAGGGAAAACACCUCAUUAUAAAUACACCCUACGCGGGGUUUGUACUGAACCGCACGUAACUUACGUGUUACGGUCUAACAAUCACACGGAGAUGGCGGACACCGAACCUACAGCCGUCGAUGAGUGGCAGUGGUGGCGGAUCAGCUUUUCAACGGAUGACGCAAAAGCUCGGCAAGCGGAGUCGCAGCAGAGUGGUGCGUCCACUUCCAAAAAUGGAGAUGUAAUUGGAUAUACGGCGCGCAAAGUUCGAGAAAUUGAAGUCCUUAAAGCGGCUCGUGAAGAAUCCAAAAAUGUUUUGCUUAUCUACGCUAAUGGCAAUGCGAUGAAUUUCCGAGAGGAGCCAAUUCCAUCUCCACUCCAGGAAUUUGUCAAUGCAGACAAUGCAACAUUUGACGCUGAGUUCAAAGAACAAGAGCGUGCGGAAGAUGCAUCUGACAAGCAAAAUGAGGAUUCAAAUUCUGCCACUCGUCAGGAUCAGAGCACAGAGAUGAAUGAACUAGCCCAAGACUAUCAGCGAGAAACUACCUCGGCCGCUGCAAAUGUAAACGUGUUCGACUAUCAAGUUUCAAGCUUCGGUGACGCAGUGGAGUCCAGCCAGGAAAUGCAGGAAAGGGGAGGGCGAACUCUACUAGGUCAGAGUAGUACAGCAGGUCCUGUACAAUAUUUGCCGAGUACCAAUACCGCAUGGAACCAGUAA